UGAGGAAGAUGUAGAGUCGGCUAGGCAGGAGAUUUUGGCAAAAUUGGCCGCUCUGGAAUCCGCCAGAGGUGGCUCUUCCAGGCAUGCGGUUGGGAGUAGGGCUGGCAGGGCUUCGAAGAGAGUUUCACAGGCCACUUUUCAGCGGGAGGUCCUCACCCGUCUCUCUGCUUUGGAAGGUCCAACAGGUGCCGGCGCUGGUGGCGGAAUGGAUCGGCAGGAUGACUUGGAGGCUGCUGGGAGUGCUGCCCAAGUGGAGGAAGAGGUUGCUGAAGUGGCAGAGAUUCCUCAGAUCGCGGUUGCAGUGGAUCAGCCCGAGCAGGAGGGUGCUGUGGUUCGCUGUGGGAGGUGUCGGAUCCUCAUCUGCGGGCACAGCAUGAUCUUCUGGGCCGCCCAUCAGGCUAAGAGGACGCAUUUGGGGUCCCAGCUUGGCCUCAGUCGAUGGGCGCAAAUUGAGUGGCAGGGCCGUCGGGGCCUGCGGUGGCCGGGCCUGUUGCCUCUCUUGUUUGGGGGACGGUGUGCACCUCCCCCGCAUUUCUUAGUGAUACAUUUAGGUGGGAAUGAUUUAGGUUGGGUCAAAGGUAAGGCCCUUACGCUGCAGGCACAGGCCGAUUUAAAGUUUAUUGGGCAGCGUUGGCCCGGGGUCCUGAUAAUGUGGUCUGCCAUCCUCCCACGUCGUGUGUGGAGGGAGGCUUUGGAUCACGAAGGGGUCGAAUGGGCUAGGCGGAAAGCCAAUAAGGCUAUGUUUAAGGCUUUGGUGCUUGGCAAGCUCGUCCCGCCCUCCACACCCCUGGGUUUGGCAGUACAGGUGAGUCCGGUCGCUGGUUUAGGGCCAGGUAGGAAUUUUUUCGCCUCUCACCGGAUUGGCUGUUGGUGA